AUGACCGGAAAUCCUAGAUGGUUCUCUAGCCUCACCCCCGUGAGUACCAAGGAGUACAUCACUUUUGAGGAUAACAACAAAGGUAAGGUGGUCUCUAAAAGUGUGACCAAGGAUGAAGUUUUUGGUUUGGUUCGAGAUCUGAUUUUGAGGCUGAAGAACGAGCGACAAUAUGACCCCAUUAGAGCUAUUCGUAGCGACAAUGGGACAGAGUUCAAGAAUGCUCGUUUUGAGGCUUCUAUCGUGAUCAUGGAGGGAACAUUCAUCCACCAAGGUAAGUACACCAAGGAUGUGCUGAAGAAGUUCGACAUGGGCGAGGCAAAGCCUCUUUCAACUCCCAUGUCAACCGUGACAGCUUUGGACGAGAACGAGGAAGGAGAACCAGUGGAUCAGAAGGAGUACCAGAGCAUGAUUGAGUCGUUGUUGUACAUGACGGUGACGAGGCCAAACAUACACUUCGCAGUGUGUCUGUGCGCUCGUUUUUAG